UAGACGGUGCAUAAAUAUUAAUUAGAGAAGAGGGUUGCUGAUGAGAAGAAGCCGAAAACUUGACGGGGCUGUGCAAAUUAGUGCGUCGUGUGAUGUUUGGUGGCGACAUGUACAUAUGACCAAAGUUUCGAUUGCCACGAUGUGCCUCGCAUGAGGCCUACAAAGGGCGGUAUCAUGCUGGUUUGAGUAUAAUGGCAUCUUCGGUCCGCGAGCAGGGUGCAGCUCGACUCAGCUGUGCAUCUAAACCAUGACCAUCCGAUCUAGGAUGUGUCCUAAGUUACGGUUUGGGAACGAUUCUGUAACAGUUGUGUUAAUAAGUGCAAUAUUACUUAUGUAAAUAAUCAUUUCUUUAUUCGCUAUCGUCACCAUGUUUCGAAGUAAAUCCAAGAAGCGGUCUCAGUCUCAGACCUCUUCAGCUGAGCAUAGUCCUGAGGACAGACCAAAUGACAAGAAAAGUUUAGAGAAGACAAACAACAAGAGUCCAAGCCAUGGAUCGGGCUCCAAGUUGUUCAGUGGCUCCCUGCCAAAGAAUCUCUUCUCGAGAUCCAGGAGAAGUUCCGGUGGAUCAAAAGAUGACAAAAAGUCACAAGGAAACCAAAGUGUUCAGUCUAAUAGUGCAAUCAAUCUUCCCAAUGAGACAAUGCAGUCCUUCACAGCCGGAUAUCCUAGUAUGAACCAUGGGUCAAACUACAGUAUGAUAGAUGGUAUAGGCAGUGCCAACACAUUGCCAUCACCAAACUCAUCCAAAAGUCCCUACAAUAGUCCUACAAACAGUAAUACAAAUAGUCUCAAUGUCCGAGCUUUGAAGGAUCGGUACGAAAGAGAUCACCAGCAUGGAUUAUUCAUGGGUGAACGUUCAUUGGAGCGGAAUUUAGAUAGGUUACAGCUUUCUGCACGAGGAGAUAUUGGUAUCAGUCCGGCAGGAAGUCCGAGAUCUUCGUUAGGUUUUUCUGCGAAUAACAAAUGUGAUAGAUCAGUAGAUAGAGAAUACCCACAUAUGGGUGCACGAUCGCUUGAACGUUCUGAACAACCCUUUGUAAGAUCAAGGUCUUCAGAAAGACCGGACUAUACAACCCAACUGUUCAAUUCUCAGGAAAUGAAACAUUAUCAUGACCAAGAUAUGAGAAGUUUUAGAGAUACCUUGAUAUUGGACUUUCAAGCCCAAAUAGCUGAUUUGAACAAAGAAUUUUCCAAAUUACAACAAGAGUUAGAUUCUACAAAGGAUAAACUAAGUUCAAGUAUGAAUAGUAUUAAAACAUUUUGGAGUCCUGAAUUGAAGAAGGAGCGAGCUUUACGGAAAGAAGAAAGUGCCAAAUAUUGCUUGUUGAAUGAACAACUGAAGGUAGCACAAGCAGAAUUCAAGAAACAGGCAUCAACCAUCAAGGACAUGGAGUCUAAGCUGUUUGGGUGUGAAGAUGUUGAUGUCAGUCGUCAAAUAUCACAACAGGAAAUUGAAAUUCUACAACGGGAAAAGGACAAACAAUCCAAAGAAAUAGUGAUCCUAAAAAAGACAGUGGAAGAAAUGGAGAUACGAAUAGAAACACAGAAGCAGACAUUAUCAGCGAGAGAUGAGAGUAUAAAAAAAUUGUUAGAAAUGUUACAAAGUAAAGGAUUGUCUAGUUCCGCUCAAAAGGUAGAAGCAGAGCGACAAGAAAUGGAAAAAUUACAAACGAAAGUCAUCGAAGGUGAAAGGAAGGUUCGACAACUACAGAAUUCACUUGGUCACCGAGAAAAAGAUCUUACAGAAACAAAGGAGGAGAACAACCGUCUUAGUGAUGAGUUGGAGCAGAUUAAGGUUCAGUUGAAACAGCAGCCUGCCAGCACACACACUAUGCAAGCCAUGCUGGAGGCCAAGGAUGGUAGGAUUUUAGCACUAGAGAGAGAGGUGCAGAGUCUGGAGGACAAACUAAUGCGGCUCCAGGAGGAGGGAACAGGGACAACAGAGAGCCAGAAGAAGGAUGGUAGUCUAAAAGAUUCACUAUCCAGCAAGGAAAAGUCACUGAAAAAUGAGAUUGAACACAUAAAGAAAGACUUGGCAAACAAGGACACAGAGAUAUUGGGACUAAAAUUAAAAGUGGAGGCAUCUAAGAGUCAGAACACAGAGCAGAUCCAGUAUGUGGAUCUACUCAAGGAUCAGAUUAGUGCCAAGGAAAAGCACGUCAGCAUGCUGCAGACAGAUAUUGAAGAUCUCCGAGACCGAUUGAAAGAUAAAGACUCCACCAUAGAUAGAAAGGCUAAGCAUUCCCACUCCUUGCAAACAGAGAAGAGAAAGAUUGAGGGCGAGAUUGGGGAAAUGAAAGACCAGAUUGAGAUCAAGGACAGGAAGAUCAGCGUGCUACAGCGAAAAAUUGAGGUGGCAGAGGAGUCUAUAGAUAACAAAGAUGAAGAGAUCCAACGUCUCAAAUCUGUAGCUGCAGCAGCCACCGUCGCCAUGGAUUCCUUCUCAUCUGACAGCGCCAUCUCCUCCAUGGAAGAGUCACUCAAUGAUAAAGACAGACAAAUAGAAAAAUUAAAGGAUCUACGUGAGAAGACGGACCUGGAGCACCAAGAAGAGUGUGAUAUGUACAUCAAAAGUAACCAGAAUCUGAAGUCACGACUGGACGAACUGCAGCUAGAACUUUCUAAUAAACAGACGGAACUUUUUGAACUGAGGGAACAGGCAACUGUUGACAGUGAGGAGAAAUUCCAGUUAGAAAACAAAGUGAGACAGCUUGAUCAUGAUUUACAAGCAAAGGAGGAUCGUCAACGAGAGCUCAACACACAGGUGGAAGAGCUCAAGAAAGGAGUUCCUGAAACGAAAAAUCUGGAUACCUUUGAGAGGCAAGUGACCGAGAUGACAUCCCAGUUAGAACAAGCUCGCAACGAGGUGAACAAGGCACAUGCAGAGGCAGAUCGUCUCCAGGGAAUCGUCAAGGAGGCCGAAUCAGAAAAGUCGGAUAAGGAUGCACAGAUCACUGAACUACAGGAUAUCAUCAAGGAGUACAAACAGAAGGUCGGCACACUGAAGAGGAACAAGCAGGCUGAGAAAAAGAAGAGUGCACAUCUAUUGGAGGAGGCACGCAAGCGGGAAGGAGACCUUAGUGAUGAUGCCACACAGCUACAGGACAGGUUGAUAUCUCAGUCAGACAGGAUAGAGGAAUUGGAGGAGGCAUUAAAGGAAAGCGUGAAGAUUACCGCCGAAAGGGAGAUGGCUAUGGUUGAGGUUCAGGCCCAGUUGGACGAGACAAAAGACAAGGUUUCAGAGGUAACAAUUGAACUAAACAGACAAAAGUCCCUUGAACAGUCAGAAAAACUGGUCCUACUGAACAAACAGCUGGAGGAGAAGGACCACAAACUCAAACGGCUGAUGUCUGAACGCCACAAACAUCUCGAGGAGGUUUAUGAAAUGAAACAAGAAGCCAUUCAAGCUGCCAUCAGUGAGAAAGAUGCAAAUAUCGCUCUGUUGGAAAUGACAAGUACAAAGAAGCAGCGAAAUAAUGAUGAAAUAGACAAGUUAAAUAGAGAAAAGGAAAAACUUCAGAAUCAACUGAAGGAAGUGACACAAAAUCGGAUGAAGUUAAUACAUCGACAGGAAAAGAAAGCCCAUCGGAGACGGGGCUCGACUCCAGACAAAUCGGAACCAUACAUGUCGAGAGGCUCCACCCCUGACAAAUCAGACCCAUAUGUGUUGACUGCUCCUGAGUCUCUGGACCCCGACGUCCUAGCUCCAUCUACCGCCACAGCUGAUGUUUCAUGAGUUAUCUCUCUUUGAUACAAUCUCCAGUUGUUUAUAUAUAGCAUAUAUAUAUAUAUAUCCUUUUAUGCAACCAAAUGAAUAUUCCUAUUACAUGUAUAAAAUACUAUACUUAGUCUUUGUGCCAAGAUGCUUAAGAUCUACCUGGAGUGUAUUUGCUCUUGCAUUUUACGAAUUUUACAAAAUGUAUCUCCAUUAUUGCUUUAAAACGUCUUUGUUUGUAUUUACAGUUAAUUAAAACUGUAUGUGAUGUAGGGCUCUCAGUGUAAUAGAUAAUUAGCCACAGUGCAAUUAGGUUACGAAAUAUUAUAAUGUACAGAAAAUAAUCCAUAUACGGUAUGCGUACCAUUUAACAUGUAUAUGCCAAUGUGAAGACUAUGUUUUUCAAGGUUGGUAACAAUCUUAUCCCAAAUAUUUGUUUCUUGUCAAAUGAUUGAGAUAGGCUUGCAUAUCUUGCUUUAUGUGAUUGAGUGUGGUUUGUCUAGGCUUUGUAGACAGCGAGCCUGAGCUGAGCUUGUGUCGACCCUACACAUAUGUUGUCUUGCCUUUUUCUGUCCGUCUGGAUGGUGUUCUGCAUAAAUUACGUGCAGUCAAACCUCUCUACAAAGGUCACCCCCAGGUAAAGAACAAACAUGGUCUUUAUACUCAGGUGGUCUUAUAGACAGGUUGUUUUAAGUAGGAAGGUUGUUAUACAUGUGGUCUUUCUAGACAGGUUUCACUGUAUGUGAUAUUACAUUUGUUACCCUUUUAAAUCUCUUAAUAAAACUUUUAGUUAACUUUUAUACUUGAAGACAUACCUUCAUGAAUAUUGCAUAUAUUUUAACUCUUCAUUUUAAAAUUUAUAUACUAUGCCUUUGUCUUUUUAUUUAAAUUACAUAUUUUGCAUAAUACAUUCUGUACCUGAAUGGAAGGUUUGGGUCUGCUAGAUCGUAAGAUUUACUGGGCAUAAAAUAUUGACAUGUGUCAGAUUUUUGGAUGGACAAUUCUUGUGGGGUUGAUAAAUCAUUUAAUCUUCAUCAUAAUAUAUACUGCUGACAGACCACCAUUCCUUCAUGAGAUAUUUUUUAUCUAAAAAGUUGAGCCUUUUCAGUUCAGACACCUGAAUUUCUUACAACAUUUCAGAACAGUAUUAAACCCACUGAUUAAUACAAUAUCUUAUUAAUCAUCAUCGUCAUUGAGCAUAUGGAAAUUAUUUUUCAAGAAAUAUUUAUCAUCGUCUGGAUUAAAAAGGUUCCUUUGAGUUUGUACAUUUGUGUCUGUUCUGUGACAUCUAAGUACAUCAGACAUUCAUUCGACACCUCAUAUGGAAACCUUUUUUUCAAAUUAUUCAAUGGUCUGAUAAACAAGAAGUUCAUGCAACAAAUCCUACCAUAAGUUAAAAUUUCAUCGGACACCUUAUCUGAAAUCACCAUUACUUGAAAUUCUUUAUGUCUGGAGCAUCAUGAGUUCCUGCAUCAUCAACAUGUUUCAUCAGACACCUGAUGGGGGAAACAGCUUUGCCAGAAAUACUGUAAAAAUGCCAAGAUUGUAAUUGAGUAUCUGCAUCGUCUACCACCAAUUCAGUCUUCAUCAGACAUCCAAAUUGUAACAAAUAUGAUACCAGUGAUUAUUAUAUAUAACAAUAUGCAACAGUAGCCUACAAUUCAGCACGUCCAUAUAUCAUAGCCUUGACAUAAUGUUGUUAUCACUUUAAGUAUUAAGAACCGACGUUUUAAAUAGUACAUACUUAUCUGCGUAUAUUGCAGUAGGUUUUCUCUUUAUUGACUGUAGAACAAUUUUUAGGUUGAAUUUAAUCUUUAAGAUAUUUAUUUUAAUUUUGUACAUGUCUUUAUAUCAGUUUUGCAUGCAUUAUUUUAUGUUAUUUUAUUAUUUGUAAGUUAAAGCUAUGUAUACAUGUACAGUGCCCCGAUCAAUAUUUGAACGAGGUGACAGUUAUAUGCAGCGUGUUGGUUCCUUAUAGUUUGAGACUUAGAUCAUUGAUUAGCACACCAGUUUAGUUUCAUAAAUUUUACAAGACAAGGUUACCAGACCUUAAGGAUUUUCCCAGAAAGCAUUGGUUCUCCGUUUGACACGAGUGCCAUAAACAAAACAGAACUAUUAUAUAUGUAGUGACCUUCAGAAAUGUACACCCCGACAUUUAAUGGUGUUCAGCAGCUUAUUAAAGGUGUUUUGUGUCUUUUUAAGUAAUUGUGAAGCUCCCUGUAUAUUGCUGUAUCCGUUUCAUCCCUAUGUAACUUAGUAGACAAUACAAUGCUUUGAUCUGGAUGAGUCCAUUUUGGUCAACAGUGGUGAAAGGGUUAAUGUUACAGGGCUGAAGUUAAAUCUUCAUUAAAAUUAAAUGCAGAAAAAUGAAACAAAAUAUUAUAAAAACCAAGUAGAAUUAGUAGAAUUAGAAAACAGGUUUGAAAAGUGAUUCAGACUGAGAGAAUUUGAGAUUGUGAUGACACUUACAUUUAUUUUUUGUCUGAAUUUAUUAUUAUUUAAAUCAUUACCUUUUCCAUAUUAAUGAUUACUAGUCGACAGUACCUGCUAAAGGUAAUCCCUUUAACCGUUUCACCCCUAUGAAACUUUAGUAGACUAUCCCAUCCACUGAUCUGGAUGAGUCCAUUACGGUCUACAGUGGUGAAAGGAUUAAAAGGGGAUGUUAACAGGUAACUACAGUGUACUUCAGUUUUACUGUACAACAUUGACUCAGAAUCCACAUUACGGAACGUAUUAUUACAUUAUACCACUGAAGCAGCUGACACAAAGUAUUUUUACUGCUUCAUAAAAGAUGUUUGUCCAAGUAUGAUGAUAUAUAGUGGCCUCCCUUGCGAGGUCAUAUCUGAACUUAGUCAUGUCAAUCAAAAAGAUUGCUUGUGGAAUAGUAACAAGCAUGCCAGUUUGUUGAAUAAAGUACAUGUACUGUAAACCACAAACUUUCCUUUAAAACUCAUUUUGCAAUUGUUUUUCAAGCACCUUCCUCAUCGUCAUGUCGUUUUAUGAUUAGAUCUACUGCAGCUAUAUAUGUCAGACUUUUAAUUGUGAUUGUAGAAAUAUACACAAUACCUGUAGAGUUGCAAUAUAAGCUCUAAAUGAUUUAUAGUAUAUUACGCUACCUUGAAAAUGACAUUUAACUCGUAUAGCUUGCCUCAAUGUGUAACUCUCGGUGUAUAAACAUGUAUUUGUACGUGUCGAUGUGUAUUCACUAUACAACAAGUGUUUUUAAUUAUGUAAUACACAUGAGUGUAAUAAUGUUAUCAGAAAACGGUUGUCAUCGUUGUCAUAACAGCGUAUUAUUUAUUGCUAAGUUCACUUGAAAUGUAAUGCCAUUGUGGAUCUACCUGGAUAUUAAUCCUGAACAAUACCUGUUUAAAAAGGAGACUUAAACUUGGCUUGUGAUCAUUAUACAAAUUAUCUCCCUUGUACAUACCGUUAUUUACUACUGUGACAAUGUUUUGAUCUGUCAUCUGAUAUUUGCGGUGUCAAUUUUUUGGCUAAGAUAUCAAUAGAAUUAGGAUAUAUGUAGAAUUUCUAUAUAAAUAGACUCCAGACAUGUAAAGAGUUGUGAAAUAUCAACAAAACUAUAUUAUUAUAUAAUUUACCAAGUAUUUAAAACACAAAGCCCUGGAACCAGGAACAAACUUUUACACCUAACUUAUAAUGUUUUCUUAUUUUACGCUUCUUUUCUACAAUUACAUAAAAUCAGAAUUGUAGAAAAGAACUGUUUGAUUUGCUUGAAUUUUGAUAUUUUGACUUAAGUGUAAUACUGGUUUAUAUUCCUCGGAUAAGGUGCAUAGGAAAUUGAUCUUGGAAAAAAAAAAAAAGUUUUGUAUUCAGUUUCCAAAAAAAAAGCCAGUAAGAGACCAUUCUUCUCCACAUUGCCAGUAAAACACUUACCAUUGCUUACAAAAAUGUAUGUGUCUCUUACAAAAAGCACAUAACUACAGUGCUAGACUAGAGGGGUAAUAUGGUGACAAGUUUUUCUGCAAAGGGAGAAGAGAAUGGAAUUUGGGGGGUAGGGUCGCUUAUUGUAUUAGCCAUUUGUGUGGUAUCACUCUACAUAAAGUGUUGAUCUAAAUAUCUAGUACACUGUCGCACUAACUCUACUUUGCUCCAUAACAAUCUCUGAUUGACUUUAGCAGUAUUUUGGUACUAAGGAACAGGUAACGUAAUUCUCAAAAACUAGGUUCUGGUUUUACCUACAUCUACCAAUAUCUUCUUGAUCUGAAGUAUUAUUAUAUGGAAUUAUUCUGACUAUCUCGAAAAUGUUAUCACAGUUCGUACAUGUCAUGUGUCCCAACAAUUUAAAAAUGAACAGAACAUCUGUGCACGAGAAAAAUCAGAUAAUGUUCUGUAAUAAUGAAUAGAAUCUAUAAUAUUUGUAUUUGCUAGGAAAGAAGAGAAUGUUCGUAUACAUUACCUAGUCCCAAUAUAUAAGUCUCAAGGUCAAAUGUAUGAAAAAGUUCAAAUUCUUUCAACAUGACUAGGAGGCAUAGAGUAAUGAUAUUUGUUUUACCAGAUUUUAGAUUUACGAGAUCUGUCAAACUACAUAGCUAGCUGUUCCAAUAGAUUACCUUGAUUCAUGAAAAGCAUGUGAUAGGAGAUAAAAUUAUUAUUACAUGUUUCAGUUGAAUUGUGCUAGUUCUACUCUCUUUCCAGUGUCACAUCCUUAUAUAUAGGAAAAUCUCAAGAAUCUACAUUGUAGUAUUUGUACUAAUUAAGCUCCCUACCUCAACUCGAAGUAUUAAUAUUUAAAUUUCUAUCUUCCAUGUUACAAAGCUUUUCUCAUUUGUGUUACAUUAACAAAUGCAGCAUGCAUGUAUCGGUACUAAAUAGAUGUAGAAAACGGCAUGUUCUUCCACCAAUCCUUUGUUUUAAGCUUUCAUUUUAUUCAUCUGGCUGAAGAAGCUGUGCCGAAAGUUUUAUGUCGAUUUUAAUGUACAAAAGGAUCUUUUAUGUUUGGACUACUUAGAUAGUUAGUACAUGUAUUCAAAUUUAGCGGCGGUAAAUACCACCAUGUCUGUGUUCCACCUCACAAGUAAGAAAUACAGCAUAGUGAAAGAGAAAUAGUUAUGGCAAGCUUGCCUAACAUUGGAUUCCAACUGCGGCACAUCUUUGAAACUACCUCAAUAUUCAACUGUGUAAAGUUACCACAGCCCUCAAGUAAACAUGUCCAGCUAAAUAGUACCCGAGCAGUAGUUAUAGAAUUUGGUGAUUUGUUUAACCCCUUCUACAAUGCUCGAAAUGAGCUUUUUUGAAAAUCUGCAGGAAUUUUAGAAAACAUUUCAUAUUAAUUUAGUGUAUAAUGAAUAUUAAGACUUAUUUGAUGGCACAAAUGCAUCUGAAUUUUUAAUUUAAUUGUGUUCAUUGAACUCGGCCAUUAAUAUGAAUGACAUCUAUCAUUGAUAUUCUUCAUCCGUAGUGUUAUGAUAUUAUAUUCAAACUCGCAUGGAAUCUAUCCAGUACCCUGCUUAAAAGCUAGCUGCAUUUUACAUAAAUAUUGUCUACAAUUUCAUAAAAACCAGUUCCAAUCUUUGGUUUUUGUUGUGUAAGCAUAUUCGUGUCUAGUGUUGAGGACAUUGUUAAUUAGCUGUAAGAAGCAGUGUUACAUUAAGUCUGUGACUGCAUUUGGUCCUACUCCCAGGUCUGUGUAGUUUUAUUGCUGACGUGUGUGUGCGGAAGUUAUUGUAUGAUUUGUAUGUCCAGGUUUGGAACCAAUAAAGCUGUUACUGUGCAACAAA